AUGAAUCUCAAUGAAAACUACCUAGAUACUGGGGUACCGAAGAGUCAAUUAAAGCAUAGUAGAAGUGGAAAUCUCGAAUGUAUUCCUAUCGUGGCUUCAACGUCAGAACCAACCACAUCGGUUAAUCUGGAUGAAACAUUUUUCAAAAAGGCACCUCUAGCAGUACCAAUAUCAGAUAACCGUUCUAUUAGUAAAUCUGCUUCUAUUAAUUCUCUGAAUACAACAUAUUUGGCAUCCCGAGGAUCCCCUCUGCAGGCAAAGAAAUCGCAGACUAAAACUGGCGUAUUGUCAACAGAUCUGGCAACGAGCAAUAAUGAUAUAAUGCAAGCGUCAAUCAUUCCGAAAAAGCAUUCCGAUCUUUAUGCGGAUUGGGGAAAUGAUAUCAGAAGUCGCUUGGCGGAAAGCAUAUACUCUAUGGAAACCUCAGUGAGAGGAUCGGAGAUAAAAAGACGACCUUAUGUUAGCAAUGAGAUUCCCAACGUAUUUAAGUUCUCAAAACUGAACAUUAAUAGUGAACCAAGUGGAAACCAGGUUUCUUGUGAUAAAAAUUUCUUAAUAUUUACGUCAGCGGGUAAACCAAUCUACUCAAUGCAUGGAAAAGACGAGCAGAUUAUGUCAUAUACCGGACUGGUUAAUACUGUAAUAAGUUACUUCCAGGUCAAUGGUCCAUCAGAACUGAAAACCAUAUCCACUUUAACCUCUGGUAAAAGGCUCACUUUUUUGGAUAAGUCUCCCAUACUACUAAUGGCCCAAUCCGAAAGAGGAGAGUCUUCAAACGAAUUGUUGAACCAACUGGAUUUCCUAUAUUCAUAUAUCCUUUCGUCAUUAAGUGAGCGUCAAUUGCUUAGAUUAUUCUCCAAAAGAGAAAAUUUCGAUUUAAGAAAUUAUUUAGAAACGACGGAUUUUGAGAAUUUAAAUGAAAUAUGUUCACUAAUCUGCAAUAGAAUGUUCCCUGAUUUACUAUUAAACUCUUUACAAUGCCUACCAUUUCGUCACUCUUCAAGAUUAAAAUUGCAGAACGUAAUUUUACAGCAAUUAGAGAAGAGGCAAGAUAUUCCCAGGGGAACCUUAUUAUAUGGCUUAAUAAUUGCCCCUCAAAAUAGAUUGUGUUGCGUUCUUCGACCCAGGGGUCAUACUUUACACACUACCGAUUUACACCUUUUGUUUUGUCUGAUAUCUCACCAAUUUCAGAAUUUAGACGAAACUCAAGAACUGUGGGUACCUAUAUGUUUCCCUAAAUUUAAUUCAAGUGGUUUUCUUUAUUGUUAUAUCAAGUUUUUACCAAAUGAUACUCAGAGCAAUGAAAAAUCGGCACUGGUACUAAUUAGUGCAGAAAAGGAUGCUUUUUUUUCAUUAAAAUCGUUUAGUGACGAGUUAAUUAUCAAACUCGAAAACGAAGGGCUAUUGAAGAAAAUAAAUGCUUCAAAGGGAUUUAAGCUAAGCGACAUACCAGCACCUAUGGUCCAUCAUUUUAUUUACAAAUCGAAACAAAACGUCCAAUAUGUUAUGCCGCACUUCGAAGUCAAUAGUAAAAUUUCCCUGGAGUCAUCCCAAAGGCUGGAAUAUGAACUUAAAUUAAAGACAUACUACCAACAAUUACACAGCACGGUGGUAAGAGAUAAUGGUAACAUAUUGAGCAGGUCAAUAUUAAAUUUCGUUAAAUGGAGUUCCAAAGACAGCAAAGACCAGACAGUGGACGAAACAAGGUUAAAUUUUUCCGAAUUGGAUGAGUACAUCAUUGGAAAUUCAUCGUUUGAACAAGAGUCGGUUAAUAUGUUAGGGAUGGCAUGGGUGACGCCCAAAUUUGAGUUGUACUUGAUUGGAAAUAACGGCGUUGUUGAUAAAAAGGUUUUAUUCAAGAGCGCAAGAAAAGUGGCUACCUGGUGUCAGAAACACGAGUCGAGACUAUUUAUAAGUGAUGGGGCAGUCUUUUGA